AAGUUCAGCAAAGAAUUCCAUAGUCUGCCUCCACACGCACGAAUACCAUUAAUUACAACGCAAGUGCAGACCGGGAUACAACGCUGUUCAGACCGGGAUACAACGCUGUGCAAGUUGGGAUACACCGGGAUACAACGCUGGGCAAGUUGGGAUACAACGCAGUGCAGACUGGGAUUUGCAGCGGGUGGGUGGCCUUCGCGAAUCCUUAUCGCAGAAGAGCGAUGGGCACGGGCUGAGCGAGCUAGAAGCUCGACCCCAAACAGGCAGGUGGCUACUGCACCAUUACACCAUGCCGACCGGCGGGAGUACAAUAUAUCGACUUGUUUGUUCGAUCCACUUUGGCACAGCCCCUUUCCACCCUUCUUCUGCCAUCCACCCAUCCAUCCACCUCCAAACUACACUCCUCUCUGCUCAGCGUACCACUGCACCAUGGGCUCCUGUCUCUCCUCGCCGGCAGCCGAAGACCAGAAGAAGCCCCAGGGGGCGACGACGGGCGCAGCAAACCCGACCAAGACCGAGGCCAAGGCGACCAUCGGCCUGACGUGCAAGCACCCCAAGUCGUCGCUCAAGGGCGCCGAUGCCAUCGCGCUGGCCUCGGCGCGCGUCAAGCAGCUCAAGGCCAAGCAUGCGGCCAUCAAGGCGACGGCCGCCGCCAGCUCGGGCGGAGAGGAGCCGCUCAAGGACAUCAACAAUGAACUCCUCUGGGCCGGAUCCAUCACCAUCGGCACGCCCGGCUACGACAUCACCGUCGACUUUGACACGGGCAGCAGCGACCUGUUUGUCAACCCAAACACGUACAAGCCCCAGUCGAGCAGCACGGCCAAGGACGCCGGCAAGACCUUCCAGGUCGGCUACGGCGAUGGCACCCAAGCAAGCGGCGAGGUGUGGACCGACAAGGUGACUGUUGGCGGCCUGACGGCGCCCGCGCAGGCCAUCGGCGUCGCGUCCAAGAGCACGCUCCAGGACGACGGCAGCCAGGGCAUUGCCGGCAUGGCGUUCCCCAGCAUCGCCCAGACGCGCUCGUCGCCCUUCUUCGACAGCAUCUACGCGGCCAACCAGUCGUCGAUGCAGAACCUCUUUGCGUUUGGCCUCUGGACCUCCAACGCCGUCAUGGACCUCGGCUACAUCGACCAGUCGCGCUUCACCGGCGAGCUGGCCUACAGCAGCGUCGACGACAGCCAGGGCUUCUGGCAGACGGAUUUCACCGUCAAUGGCACCCAGGCCAACGGCAUCGUCGACACGGGCACGACGCUCAUCAUCGGGCCCACGGACGCCGUCCGCUCGAUCCUCACCGCUGCUGGCAUGACGAUCCAGGAGCAGGACGGCGAGGUGUACGGCCUCUACGACCCCAGCACGAACCCUCAGGUGACGUUUACCUUUGGUGGCGCCGACUACACCCUCUCGCCCGACGCCCUCUCCUUCCAGACGCAGGGCUCCCAGACGGUGGCCUCGAUCGUGGGCUCCGACAUGGGCUCGGGCGGGCCCCAGUGGAUCUGCGGCGACUCGUUCCUGCAGGACGUCUAUGCCGUGUUUGACGUGCAGAACAAGCGCGUCGGCUUUGCCCCAAAGAAGUGAAUACCCUGCUUUGCUCUUGCUCUUGCUCCAUAAAUGCCAUUUGCCUGUCCUCUCGAGUUCCGUCUUCUUUGCGUAAAUAUCCCGAGCCCAGAUUGACAGGCGCCUCCUUCGUGUCAGCUUGGCAGGCGCCUCCAUCGCGCAGCUUGGAUUGACGACACGCCGCCU